CCGCCCCGCCCCUACGCGGUUGCUCGCUGCGACCGCCGCCCUCCCCCGGCCCAAUGGCGCGGCUGCCGCGUCAGUGAUGUGAAACCUCGCUCAGGCUUGUACGGCCCCCGGCCCGCAGCCCAUUACACCAUCCGCCGCGGCAUCCGCUGCAGCUGCUGUAGCCCGCGCACACAGGGAGGGCGGGAGGCGGCUCGGCGUGGCGGGGCGGGGCGGGGCGAACGGCGCGGCCGGAUUCAUUCCUGUGGGGCGCGGGGCAUGGAGGAGCUGUGCGGUUGCAGGCGGAGCAGGCCGGCCCGGGCGGCGGCGCGGACAACGGUUUCCAUUUAAGGGGGGCGGCCCGAGCCCGAGCGGCCAGCGGCGGCGGAGAGGACCAGCCCCCGGGCAGUUCGGUGCUCUGGUUGUCAGAUGUUGGAAGGCAGCAAGACAACAGACUCCCCGUGGUUUUAUAUCCGUUUGGGGUGCAGCGAUUAACAUUGAACUUUGGUUCCUGUAACUCUUGCCUGUGUCGAUAGAGUUAAGCUGGGGAGUUUUGCUUUGAAGGAUAAAGAAAAGCGCAACCUCUCAACUGGACAUAAAUGGAUCUAAAGACAGCAGUCUUUAACGCAGCUCGGGAUGGCAAACUCCGGCUUCUCACCAAGUUGUUGGCAAGCAAAUCCAAAGAGGAGGUUUCCUCCUUGAUCUCUGAAAAAACAAAUGGAGCCACGCCACUCCUGAUGGCCGCCAGGUAUGGGCACCUUGACAUGGUGGAGUUCCUCCUAGAGCAGUGCAGUGCCUCCAUAGAAGUGGGGGGCUCGGUCAAUUUUGACGGCGAAACCAUCGAGGGGGCUCCCCCGCUGUGGGCGGCCUCUGCCGCGGGACAUCUGAAGGUGGUGCAGUCUUUGUUAAAUCAUGGAGCGUCUGUCAACAACACAACUUUAACCAAUUCCACUCCUCUUCGAGCUGCCUGUUUCGAUGGCCAUUUGGAAAUAGUGAAGUACCUUGUGGAACACAAAGCUGACUUGGAAGUUUCCAACCGACAUGGGCAUACGUGCUUGAUGAUUUCGUGUUACAAAGGACACAAAGAGAUUGCUCAGUAUUUACUUGAAAAGGGGGCAGAUGUUAAUAGAAAAAGCGUUAAAGGUAAUACUGCAUUGCAUGAUUGCGCAGAAUCUGGGAGUUUGGACAUCAUGAAGAUGCUUCUUAUGUAUUGUGCCAAGAUGGAAAAGGAUGGUUAUGGGAUGACUCCCCUUCUCUCAGCGAGUGUUACUGGUCACACAAAUAUUGUGGAUUUUCUGACUCACCAUGCACAGACCAGCAAGACAGAACGGAUCAAUGCUCUAGAGCUUCUGGGAGCUACAUUUGUAGACAAAAAGAGAGAUCUGCUUGGGGCCUUGAAAUACUGGAAAAAGGCAAUGAACAUGAGGUACAGUGAUAGGACUAAUAUAAUUAGCAAACCGGUACCACAGACGCUAAUAAUGGCUUAUGAUUAUGCCAAGGAGGUGAACAGUGCAGAAGAACUAGAAGGCCUUAUCGCUGACCCUGAUGAGAUGAGAAUGCAGGCCCUAUUAAUUAGAGAACGUAUUCUUGGUCCUUCUCAUCCUGAUACCUCUUAUUAUAUUCGAUACAGAGGCGCUGUCUAUGCGGACUCUGGAAAUUUCAAACGAUGCAUCAACCUCUGGAAGUAUGCUUUGGAUAUGCAGCAGAACAAUUUGGAUCCUUUAAGCCCCAUGACUGCCAGCAGCUUGUUAUCUUUUGCAGAACUGUUCUCCUUUAUGCUCCAAGAUAGGGCUAAAGGUCUGCUGGGCACCACCGUUACGUUUGACGAUCUUAUGGGCAUCCUGUGCAAAAGUGUCCUUGAAAUAGAGCGAGCUAUCAAACAAACUCAGUGUCCGGCUGACCCGUUACAGUUAAAUAAGGCUCUUUCCAUUAUUUUGCACUUGAUUUGCUUGUUAGAAAAAGUUCCUUGUACUCUAGAACAGGACCAUUUCAAAAAGCAGACUAUCUACAGGUUUCUUAAGCUGCAUCCAAGGGGGAAGAACAACUUCAGCCCGCUUCAUCUGGCCGUGGACAAGAAUACCACCUGUGUAGGGCGGUACCCCGUGUGUAAAUUCCCGUCCCUGCAAGUCACGGCCAUACUGAUCGAGUGUGGCGCCGACGUGAACGUCAGAGACUCCGAUGACAACAGCCCCCUGCACGUCGCUGCUCUGAACAACCAUCCCGACAUCAUGAAUCUCCUUAUCAAAUCAGGUGCACAUUUUGAUGCCACAAACUUGCACAAGCAGACUGCUAGUGACUUGCUGGAUGAGAAGGAAAUCGCUAAGAAUUUGAUCCAGCCCAUAAAUCAUACCACCCUGCAGUGUCUUGCUGCUCGUGUCAUUGUGAAUCAUAGAAUAUAUUAUAAAGGGCAUAUCCCAGAAAAGCUAGAGACCUUUGUUUCACUUCACAGAUGAUAAUCUGACUGACGCGUCGCACUCUUGAAAGCACGGAUCGCUGACAGUUGCCUCAUAUGUGAGCACUGUUGUGAGAACACCAGCAUUCACUUAGCUUGAUGUCCUCGUGCUGUCAUUGGCUAAAGCAUUAGAAGCAUCAACUUUCCAGGAUUGGUUUCCCAGUAUUUAAUAUAAAUAUACCAUAUAAUAUAUUGUUUGUGAAUUAUUGAGAAAUGUAAUGUCCUAUUCGAAUUUCUAAAAUUGUCUGCCAAAGGCUUAUCUGUUCUGGUUCUGUUUGCUGUUGGGUGUUUGGGACAGAGGUCACCGUUUCUCAGUGGUGUCUUUAUACUUUACUGGUUUGUGAAUUUUAUACAAUUGAAGGUCUUUCUUUUUUUCUUUCUUCCCCCCCCCGCCCCCGCUUCUUCCUUCUCUUGUCUAAGCUUCUUCCCUCUUUCCACUUGAUUUAUUUCCUCACCAUUUCUACUUACCGGUUUUUUCCCCCUUAGGGACCCAUGCUAGGUUGUACACCCUUUAUGGACCUGUUACCAUUUGCAAUUACCAUAAGUGCUUUAUCUCCUCUAUGCACCGGCUUAAACUUGACUAUUGUAUGUUAGCACAUUUUUCUAUGCAGCAGUUGGUCAACUUCAAUUCAAAACACUGUUACGUUUUGUUACAAAGUUCAUUUUUUUGAAAGUAGUACUCUUUGUAGCAUGACAAUUUUUUAGAGCUACAGCUUAGCUCCCUGAGCUCAGGCUUUUCUGUUUGUUUGGUUUUUCUUCUUCUUCUUCUGAGGUUUCUCUCUCCAAUCCACUGAAAUUAUUGUGUGCUAAAUUUGGGAAACAGAUCUCUUCUGACUCAUUAACCCAGUUGAAAUUUAGGUCUGUCAUCUUAAUAUAUCAUGCAGUAAAAGGAAGAAUCUACAAAGUGACCCACCUUUCAUGCUGCUACAGCGUUGUCCUGCUUGUGCUGAUGAUGUGAUUAGGUGUUAGAGAAUUCGCUUCAAUUUAACCUCAAAGUUGAUCACACAGCUUUAAUGAGUCCCGUUGAACUAUUCAGCGAUCGAUCACUUUUAGUUACAAAAAGAGCUACAGCAUGUCAGGGGCAUGAUGCUUGCUGAGCCCGAUCUAGGCAUCUAGGAUAAUUAAGGUAUUUUUGUAUGCAAUUUACUGCCAUAGUAUCCAAGGUCAGUAACAGUGUCCUUCCUUUCAAGAUAACUUGCAUGAAUUACUUUGGUCUCAGUUAUUCGGCACCCUAGUUAAUAAACACAAAAGGUUGCAGUGCUUCCUGUCCCCUUACUGGAAGUUAGCUUUGCUCUGCUUUUCUUUCUGUAUGGUUUUUUGUUUUGUUUUUGGUUUGGUUUGGUUUGGUUUUUUUCUUCCACACAGCUUCGCUAAUGCCACAGAAAGGGCUCUUUUAAGAAAAGAUGAAGUGAAAAGUACUAAAAAAAAAAAAAAUUCAGGUAAUUAUCCUUCAGCACUUUAUUGUUAUUCAGAAUAAAAUUUAUGAUGGCACAUUUGCCCUGCAAAUGUCUUAAUGAAAUUGUUCUGAAUAAAAAGCUCCUUAUUUGUUUGAGGAAAAAAAAAUUCAAGUGUACCUGUGAGUUGAAUGAGCUGGAUCCACUUGGGUUUUUGCUCGCAUUUUAUCCUGAGGGUUGAUGUCAUGGUAUUUACGGAGUCAUCACUGCAAAGAAUCAGCUUAGAUUUAUUUCAUCUUUAUUCAGUAAACAAAACAAAACAAAAACUCGUGAUGAAUAGUAGUAAAUAUAAAAAGCAUUAGACU